GUGAGUGUGGCUGAGGCUGGACUGCAGGGAGGUGGCACAGAGGCGCACUGACUACACACGCGCAAGUGGAUGGAAAGAGCCCAAUGCAAUGGAGAAAGUGAUCCGCGGUGCAGAGACUGGUGUCCUGUAAACUCAAGAAGGCAAGGAGAGAUGCAUGCAUGAGACAAAGAGGGAAUGAAGAGUAGGAGAAAGAGUAUUAACGAAGAGUUGAAAUUAUUUUCCGAAAUGGCACGGAUUUGCUUGCUCGCAAAUGCGCAUUUUACAAAGAUGACAUAGCACUUAAGAAAAUGGAAAUCCUCCAGGAACAGAACUCACUCACGACCUGAAUGAACAGAGAAAAAGGGAUUCUACUCAAAUCGGGAAUUUCGUUUUGUUUUGUCGUCUUUUACUUGACAAGCCUGGGUUGUGAGUGAACGCAGAUUGAAAUAUGAAUCUGGGCAAAGCACUUCUGUUUUUCCUUCUCCUUAGUUGUGUGACAAUGACUCUGUCGCUGUCCACUUGCACCACUGUGGACAUCGAUCACAUCAAGAAAAAAAGGGUAGAGGCGGUCCGGGGACAGAUUCUCAGUAAACUCCGGCUAACGAGCCCGCCUCAGACAACAGGUCCGAGUCAAGUGCCGUUUCAGGUUCUGGCACUUUAUAACAGCACCAAGGAGCUCAUUGAGGAGCUGGGGAGAGACAGGCAUCAGAGUUGUGGACAGGAUAACACAGAGACUGAGUACUACGCCAAAGAGAUUUACAAGUUCAACAUGAUAAGCGGGUCGCCAGAAAACAGUAAGUGCAUUGGAACACUUUUUUUUUAAACUUUCCAUAAUAACCUAACCUUUCUAAUAACCAACAAACCGUCUGUGAACUAGAUUUAAAGUAACUCUGUGCAACUUUUACGCACAGACGCGCCCGUGAGCUGCGCGCAAUUGAGAGGGCAAAGUAAACAGUCUAAUUGGAAUGAGCACCAUUCCUCAUACAUACCUCACACCAAAGCCAUGGGAACUCCAGCCUAAGUCUGACACAUUCCUAAGCAGGGAAAAUUCUCAGGCAGUUAAGUCUAGAAUUUAGUGCCAACUGCAAUACCUCAUUUCCAUUUUCUGGCCGUGAAUUACCCAAUAUUUUUCAUCCUCUGCUACGACUCUUACUUCUAUUUCCCCCAACUUUUACUCUCUAGUAGCUCAGUGUUGGGAUCCAAUCCCCCUGUUCAUCCAUAUUGGUAUUUCCUGUAUAAACUAUGGUCCAUUGAUUGUUCCAGAAAUCAGAAACAGGAGCUGACCUAGUAGCAGAUUCUCCAGGGAAAUUCCCCUUUCAAGAAGAGUUGGAUUAGUGCCCAUUCCUGGUCAAACUCCGGUUAAAGUGGAUGGUGGUGGUGUUACCAUUUUCAAAUCAACAGGUGUUUAUGCUGCACUGUGACACAAAGCAGAGCCUCUGCCGCUUCCUGCAUUAGCCCUGAAUCAAAUCCAUUUCACGGGUCCAACAAAGUACUCCUGACACUCAAAAAUACACAGCUCGGGUUUAUCUGCUGGUCAGAGCUAGCCGGAGCUCCCAACCCAAACAAAGGUCUGAGAAGUGGGAUCAGUGAUGGCCUUGUGCCCUGGACACAUCAGGCCAGCUGUAUACUGUACUGCAGGUGAUAAUAAAGGAAACGCCGACCUUACUUUUGGCACACUUUUUGCAUCCAGCAGCAUAUCCAAGGAGGGUAAAAACCAAAUUAACUUAAGCUGCCAACAUACAUUAAUUUGUACUUUUCUCAGCCUUUCCAUUAUGUAAUUUUAAAGAGAGUGAGGCAUGUUGCAGUAUGUACAUAAUGUCUGUCACCUCCAUAAUUUUGCAGCGUAGUUCAUUUUCAUUCCUGCUGGAUAUAAUGAGUUUUACAUUCACAGUUUUUGGAAGGUGGGAGUGUUUGGGAAGAUUGUCAAGUUUUGCUUUUUUCAGGCAGAGUUAAACAGUUAAACAGAAACUUUUCUUUCCACUUGCUCCAGACUGCUUUUCUCGGACACUUUGUAUGAAUACAUAUCAAAGAAUCAGCCAUUAAACACAGACUAGGCAGCAACAGAUCUCUCUGUAGAUCCUAUUCGAUUAUAAACUGUAAUAAAAAUGACAAAGAAAAAUGAUUGAACUGAGGCAUGACCUUUGGCACAAUAACAUUUGUAGGACCUGCUGAUGCUUAAAUUAGAAAGACGUUGCCCUGCACACUGAGGCAAGAUUUCAUGCCAAUCUUUGACUCAGUGUUGGGUCAGUGAAAACUAGCACUGAGGACAGCGGGGUAUCUGAUCUAUGGGAGAGCAGAAAGAUGAUGUCAUCUGAACAAACAGAGACAGAGGUCUCUGGACUGCUCCCAAAGAAACAGCAACCCUCCUCCCCCCACAACUCCCACGCCUUGACCAUUUCUUGCUUCCUCAUCCUCAAUCAAGUGGAAAAAAAAAAGUUGUUUUUCUUCAGAGCAGAGCUGCAUCCCAUUAUCUCAUCUGCUGGAGUGACCUGCUGCAGUCGACGUCUGGCCUAGUAGGAAGUAAAAGAAAACAGACUUCUCUGUGAUACAAAAACUGCAUCUAAAACCUGUAUUAUCAAACAAAGUAGAAGAAUUAUGUAGGAUAUUGAUUUUUUAACUCAACAAAAGAGAAACCAAACUACUUUUCCUUCGAGUUUUCAGCUGUCCUCUGUUAAACUGAGACAUCUCUGCAGCUGGCCUGCACCUGCUGCCUUAUGCUUCCUAUUUCCUUUGUUUACCUCGACAAAGCUGUGGAGAGACUGACAUCACAGACGAUCCUCGAGGCAAGAGGGGCAAAAACAGAGGUGAUUCCUGGGAUUUUUUUAUCAAGGAGUUUCUGUGUCAUAAAAGGAGAGGAUCCCAGAUGCAGGAGGGUGAGUGACAGAGUUUGGGCGAGGGACCUUAUGGGAAGGCCAGACAAACUUCUGUCACCAGAAUUUCCUUUACGACUUUGUCUUUUAAUCGCCGGUUUUAAGCUCAUCUAGUUUCACAAUUGAAUACUAAUACCGGAUCAAAAUGUAAUCAUAUCAUUAUCCAGGAUUUUAUAUGUGAUUACUAAACACACCCCUGCAAUUGUGCUAAUGAAAUUUUCCCAAAUUUAGUGAACUUCUCUGUCCAAGAAGACAGGGGUUUGACUUUCUUCUUGGUCCUUAAAGUAAAGUUCUGUUGUUUUUUUCUUGUAUUUGUUUGCCCAUUGUGUAACGCUAAGUCAGUGUCUUUGACUUUGAGCAGUUUCACCUGUAAACCCUCAAGAUAAAAUUGCAUCUGCCUGUUUGGAUAGUUUACCGGUCAGACUUGUGUUAUCAACUUUAACAGCUAUCAUCUUAAGCUUGUGGGGGUCUGUAAUGUAUGUCUUUUUAAUUGUGCAAGCAAUCCCCUCCACUUACUAACAUGGAACAAAUUACCUCUCAGACCCUUGGCAAAAAUAAGCCAUAAUGUGAAAUCCACCUAAAACCAUUGCAAUGGGAAAAAAUGAGGUCAUCCAAAAAGGAAACCAAAGACUUGAUUAGAAUUUCAAAUCUCCCCUCGUAGUGGGGCUUUCCACCUUCUGUGGGGGAGGCAGAGUGGGGAGGGGGGACGGGGCAGUGAGUGAGAGGAGGAAAGGGCUACUGAGGUUUCCUCCUUAUAGAUUAUGGAUGUGGAAACACUGGACAGAUAUCUGGCUGGGGAUGAAUGCUGCAAAGGUUACCUAUAAAUAGGGAAAGUUAAAAAGACAAAAAAAAAACUUAGUGGAAAUAUCAGAUAAUGACUGGGAUGACUGUAAUAGGAUUAUGGGUCAAAUGAAGUGCAGAUACUCGGAGAUGUGCAAGUGUUUUUUGCGUGACACGAAAAGAAUCAAAGUUUCCAUUUGUCCUGAAACAGCCAGAGGUGCAAAUCAGCUAAAGGUGCAGUGCCCCUUUCAACCACCAGCAAAUCUGAGGCUGGCCAAUAAAGCAAAAGCUUGAGGUAAUAAAUUAACCAUGGCUUGGCUGUAAAUGACUGUUUCCACUUGGCCCAUAAAAAGUUUGCUAUGUGCUUGUUUUGCACAACGCUGCAUGUGCUUGGUCUGUUAAAUUAAUAAACUGUUCAAUGGUAUUAUGGUAUAAAAGAGACGGGACAGGAAGCUUUUCAGAUAGCAUCACAAUGUGGCCGUUUACUAUGCUGAGUCUGCUAAAGGUCAGCACAUAACAGAUACGCACACACACCAUGUAUACAGUUACCUCUUGUCAAGCAUGCACUCAGUUACAUUGAUCGUGCCUCCCCUCCCUAUUCUCAGGUAUUGUUCUGCUCCGGCACGUGAGCCCACAUGCUCCUCAUGGUUCGAGGGGAAUACUUGGCCGCUGUCCGAGGCCUCCAAGCACCUGUUGGGCUCACGAGUUGGAGGGAGGGAGUGAGGGGGUGGGGGAGCAUGCUGCUGUCCUACCGCAGAUUGCUCCACCACCACCACAUGGGACAUUUGGUUUUCAUUUCAUGACUUCAACUUGUUGCUAACUUGGACGGCACAAAGCACAAGCAGAUGGCUCACGCUAAUGGCCCAUGUCCCUCUGGAAAGAACUUGAAAUAGUUAGAAAUACUAAAAGUUUUUUUUUUUUUUAAUCUGUAAACUACCCAAAGGUGAAAAGGGAAAUCCUCAGCAAAAGUCAUCAAUAAUCAGAGGGCUAAUGUGUCCACUUUUGUAAUGGUGUCUGGAGAAACACACACAAUAGCAUUACAGACGAUUAAAGUUCGAUUAUAAGCUGUCUAAUCAUGUAAUUUCCUCUUUACCCGCAGAUGAUCUCCCCUUCUGCCCUAAGGGUAUCACCUCCAAGGUAUUCCGCUUCAAUGUGUCAACAAUGGAGAAAAACUCCACAAACUUGUUCCGGGCUGAGUUUAGAGCCUUGAGGAUCCCCAACCCCAGCGCCAAGAGAAAUGAGCAGAGGAUUGAGCUCUACCAGGUGUGUGAACUGACCGUUCAUUUUCACUGUUAUCUGAGCACAGGGGGGGUAAUGUGCUCAAUUUCUCUCCAAAGGCCAGUGUAGGUCAGCGUCAGGGAUGAAAACAUUUAUAUACGGGUGUCCAACUCCCUCCUUCUCCACUUUUUUAUGCACUGAUCAUUAUUCCAUGUGCGUACAGUUAAAUGGAUUUCACAUCAGGAUGAAUUUAAGAGCUUGCACAGGCGUCUUGAAGAAACCCUAGAUUACCAUUGGGCAGUUGCUUCUUUCUAAGCUGUCAAUCUGAGUCCAAACAUGUCAGAUCCGGCAAGGUGUUAUAAUCUCAACGGUGGGUUUAUAGACCUUCACUUGCAUUUCUGUGUUUAUGGGAGAGUUGUUGUAAAGUGUGUCAAAGCAAACAUCCAUAAGGUGUUUUUUAUUUAUUUUUUAUAUCCAGAUUUUUUUUAUAGGUUUCCUAAUUAAUCUCCCGUGAGAGACUAGGAAUAAUGAUCGGGUUUCAACAUUUCCUGCCAGAGAGACAAGCGUCUCUGGACUACAUACCGCCUCAGAGGCAAGGCUCUGGCCAGCACUGAAUGCAGCCUGUCAGGCCCUCUAAGUUUGUUUGCAGGGACCAACGAGGAGAUAGAGGCAGGGUCACCCACUGAGGGGGAGUAAAUGGAGCCGCUUGCUAGCUGGCGUGUUUGCCCCCACACUUUUCAGGCUGGAGCUGAUUGGCAGAGGGCUGGCGCUAGCGGUCUUCUGGCCCCUUGUUCCCACAGGAAGCUAGAUUAGAUCCUGACAAUGUUCAGGAACCUGGUUAUCCAUAGCCCUGCUGUGGGGCUAAGUGCUCAUACCAACCACCCAAACACACACACAUUCCUAACUAUGGUUAAACACCUUUGUUCAGGGAGCUGUUGAUAGAGAUAGGAAUGUUUUUUGUCUCCUACAUGGAGGGCUGUGGCAUGGUGAUAGAGUGAGGUUCUCAUCUUAGACUUCAUAAAAUGCAGACCUGGUCUCAGUCAGUCAUCCAUUUAUUUCAGUGAAUGUGGAGCCUGAUGAUAGCAGCCACCAUAUUGGAUGUGUUGAUCCAACAUGGUUUUUCCAAAGAAAAACUCUACUUAUCAACAUGCACCCAGGCUAAAAAUAAAUGUUAAAUCCAGCAGUAGAAAUGCACUUUAACAUGGGACCUCAAAGGGUUACUUGGAUUCCAAAGCCAGCCUCAAGUGGACUCUUGAGGAACUGCAGUCUUCUGCACUUCCUCUUUGGCUCCAUUUCUCAAUACCCUGAGGUUUUCACUUGAUACUCUUAGAGAUACCUGCAACCCAGCUUUUUUCAUUUGGGAGCUGGGCUAAAGUCAAAGUUUGAACUGCUGACAUGAAGGACAGCCAGGUUCUCAUUGGCAGGAGGGUAACACACAGGCAUUAACUUGCAAAAUGGGGAUAUCAACACAGGGAGUCACUUUUUCCAUGAGGAGUAGACAUUUGGCCCAAGGCAUCCUGGAGAGUCUGGCUCAGACAGACAGCUCUGGUUAUUUGUGAGUGUGUGUGUGUGUGUGUGUGUGUGUGUGUGUGUGUGUGUGUGUGUGUGUGUGUGUGUGUGUGUGUGUGUGUGUGUGUGUGUGUGUGUAUAAAAGAAAAGAGUUUAUGCAGCUGGGUCACAUUUUCAUCUUUUCCUCCCAGAUCCUCCAGAAAGACGACCCUAAAGCCAGACAGCGCUACAUCGGGGGCAAGAACGUCCUGACCAAAGGAACUCCUGAGUGGGUCUCCUUUGAUGUGACAGAGACAGUGAGGGAGUGGCUGAUGUACAGACGUGAGUGGGACACCUCAAAGUUUCCUUGCAUGACACUUUAUUACACAUCCCUCUAAAGGUUCUUCUGAAAGGAGGGAUAAUGGCCUCAGGACAGAAACAUCAACGGCUCACAUCCCUCUGCUCUCGUUUCUUCCCUCAGAAACCAAUCUCGGGCUGGAGAUCAGUGUGCACUGUCCCUGCCACACUUUCGGCUCUAAUGGUGACAUCAUUGAAAACACCAAUGAGGUGCUGGAGGUCAAGUUCAAAGGUGAGACUGUGUUCAAAACCUUGCUGAUUGAAAAGAAAGAAAGAAUGUUAGGAAUCAUGCCAACAAGGAAAAACAAAGAAUGGUGUAAAAGCUCAAGGAGUUUCUAGUGGCAAUCAUGCCCCCACCCACCCAUGGACAAAGUUAUACCUCACAUGUGUUAACUAAUCUUGUCUAGUACAUGUGCGGGUGGUGUUUUCUGACUAGAUAAAAACCAUCCUGCUGUCUUUUAGCUGUUGAAUGCAUCAGUGAAAAAUCUUUACAUUUUUAUCUACAGCUUCAAAUAUCUUCCACACAACUCAUUUCAUGUUCUAAACUCGAUAACUACUCCCUGGUAUUUCAGUCUCAAGCUCACAGAUUGCACAGGUCCAGGUACAGGUUUCUGUAGUGUCUAGUCUGCUUCGCCAGAUUGUGGUCACUGCGCAUGUAUUUGUUUUGGAUCUGUGUCUGCUUUUGAUCUCACUCGGUCAAGAGUUUUCUUCCAGUUUGUAUUCACAGAUAACAUGUACCUUUGUUUCGUUUGUCUAAUGUUUCAGAUAGGCAUCUCAUGUUUGUUGAAAAAUGUGGUUUAUUCUGAUUAGCGGUGUUGUGGCAGGGCUUGUUUAAGGAUGAUUUGCAUUAGUGGAGCUCAGAAUCAAACAGUUAGACAUGGGAGUUUGUUUUGGUUUUCAGUUGUAGCAAGUAGUGAUUGCUUCAUAUGUUUCCAGAAGUUUUUUUUUUUUUUCCAGAAGUUUCUCCUUUAAAAGUUGAUUAUUAAGAUGUAUUGAUUCAUGUAUCUGGAUAUCGAUUUGAUGAGAGUACAAAUACUUAACAUUACAGGCUAAACUGCAUGAUUGCAGAGAGUAUGUCCUUGUGUAGUGCCCCUGGGUAAGAAAGAGAAUCUGGUUAUUGUAAAUAACACUCACCCUCAUUUGGAGUAUGGUCUUUAAAAAAAAAAAUCCUUUUCAUCUGCAUGUUCCUGCAGCAGCAAAAAUCUAUUGUGGUCUUUUUGGUAAGAUAAUGGGUUUCCUUUCAAAGAGGACAAGCGCAGACACAGAGCAUGGGAAUACAAUCGAUCUGGUAUCUCACUUAGCACAGGGGCCCUCGGUCCUGGGAACACUCUCCACUGGCUCGGCCACGAGGAAUGUGCUGCCACGGCGCUCAGACGCUUGGCCCCCGAAUUAAAGAGAGGCGUACACAUCCACCAGCAGCAUCUCUCCUGAGAUAUCUGCUGCUUUAACUAUCAGGGGCAGAUUGGAUGAGCAGACAUAGGCCCAGGGGGGAUGAGCGGAGGGAAGGAGGAAGUUAGGGACCCGUGUUGAAAAAGGAGAAGGAUGAAAAGUGAGGAAAAAGAUGAGCCAGUGAGGCCAGCCUGGAUUUUACUGUAAAAGUAACAUUGGAACUCUGAACUCAGCAACUGGAGCAUGGACAUAUUUACGAUUCUCCAAAAAGUCUCAGUGCCGUUUCUCUUAGAAUAUUCCACACUAAAGUGGCUUCCUCCUGCAGGUAUGGAGGUCGACUAUGAGGAUCAGAGCCGUGGGAAGAAACAAAAGGAGCAGCUGUAUCCCCACCUCAUCCUCAUGAUGCUUCCACCUCACAGGCUGGAUGCACAGUCCUCCUCCCGCAGACGCAAGCGGGCACUUGACACCAAUUACUGCUUCAAGUAAGGCACAUUACAUAAACCACUUCAUUGGUUGAUUUCCUUUACUGUUGCAAAAAAAAACAAAAAAAAAUCUUGAUGCACCUGCAAUAGACAAGUAAAAACAUUGCCAAUAAAAAUGCCUGCUAUUACUGUCUUACAUGCAGGGUGGUAUAUUGUUUAAAGGGCACACCAGCCAAGGCAACAUGAAAUGGAAAUAUCAUCUGUCACGUCUUAAAAUAGCUGACAUCGAAGAGGAGAACAUGGUACAGAGUAAGCUUGUUAAUCGCCCUGAUGAGCAUGACAGAGGUAUUAGCUGUUACAAGUUGAGAUCUGUCCCUGGUGCAAGCAAACCUUACCCCCUCCUACGCGGCGUCUCCUUAACCUGGAUUCCCUGUGUCAGCCUGACAGGCAGCACCAAAGACACCUGGGUAGACUCCAAGAGGGAAAAUAAGGGCACACCUAAGAGUGGAAUUUCUGAGCAUCUCUCUCAUCUCUGGCUGUGGGGGCCAUGGGGAGAAAAAUGUAUACAAGACUUUAAAGAUUGUGUUAUGCUUGGAAUGAAGUGUGAGAUCCUCUCUGUCUUCUCUUAUCUGCAGCAAUUAUGAGGAGAACUGCUGCGUGAGACCACUAUACAUUAACUUCCGGCAGGAUUUGGGAUGGAGGUGGAUCCAUCAGCCUGAAGGGUACUAUGCUAAUUUCUGCUCUGGUCCUUGUCCGUAUCUUCGCAGUGCUGACACCACACACAGCUCGGUAAGAAAAAGAGCACAAAAGUGAUCAGAUCAUGACUGCGUUAGGGGUUUAAAGCAGUGGAUUCAUGUCCCAUUCUGUUUUUUUUUCUUCUCCCUCAUAGCUGCUGAGCCUUUACAACACCUUAAACCCAGAAGCAUCCGCCUCACCCUGCUGUGUUCCUCAGGACUUGGAGCCCCUCACCAUCCUGUACUAUGUGGGACGCUCCCCAAAAGUGGAGCAGCUCUCUAACAUGGUCGUCAAGUCCUGCAAGUGCAGCUAGACUUCAGGUGCUCUCAGGGCCCCUGAAAGGCGAGAGACACGGAUGUAACACCCCCCAGCACUACUUAGGGAGCAGGAUUGUGGGGGUGAAGAAACAAGGAGGUCCAGUUCAUUCUCCAACACUCCUGCUUCAGCUCUUACAUGAGCUUUCUUGAACAAAACACAAAGAUGCAGAUCACCACUCGGCUUACAAUUAUUGGCAGCAUAUACGAAGAAGACUCGACACACACCACUCUACUAAAAGCGCCCUCAAGACAUCCUCAGAAAUUGCCCCUCUUGUUUGUCCGGUUUCUGCAUUCAAAAUCGCAUGUACCUCGAUGUUGGUAUUCAAAGCACGUUUUAAAUGCAAGAGAAACGGAGCAAUUAUCCUGUAACGACCACUGCAUUGAUUUACGGACAUCUAACUAUUAAAGCAAAAAGAAGACUAAGAGUGACGACUGAACUCAGCACGAUAGGAAUAAGUCAGAGAGGGUGAAAAAAAGAUGUGGUUGUUCUCACCUGACAAACACAGGGCGCUUUCCAAAUCCCCCAAAAGCUGGAAACUGACUGUGCAUGCCACAGCUCCCGACACUGUUUGUUUAGGAUUGAAUGCUGUUGAAUAAAAAAUGAUCUUAGAUGAAAAAAAAAAAAAAAAGCAAAAAAAACAAGAAAACAUGCUGGAAACCAACCUUUAUUUCAAAGUAGUAUUUCCAUGGUUAUGUUUACCUCUGUAUUACAACAGAAAUAGUGAUUCCAGGGAUCGUUUUUGUUUUUAAGUGAAGCCUUUCUGUUGUAUGAGACAAUGUAUGUCACUAAGUGAAAUCUUAACUAGAUCACGAACUGUAAAUGUUUUUUCUUAUUACUCUUGAAAACACUUUUUUUUAAUUAAAAAUGGACAGUUGGAUAGACUGGUUCUUUCUUGCUUUUUCUAAGUAACCUGUUUGCAUUAUAUUUUUUUUACAGCACUUUAUUUUGACAGGUAAUACAGUACAUCUUCAUUUGA